AUGACUGUGCCUCAAAUCCCAGUAUGGUUAGAUUGUGAUCCCGGUAACGACGACGCAUUUGCAAUCUUACUUGCAGCCUUCCAUCCACAAUUCAAGUUGGUGGGUAUAUCUACCGUUCACGGCAAUGCUCCGUUGUCCAUGACCACCCACAACGCUUUAGGGCUCCUUGAAGUGCUUGGACUCGAACAAAACGAAGUCAAGGUAUAUGCCGGAGCCGAAGUUCCACUUGUCAAGAAGCCACAUUAUGCCCUUGAUGUCCAUGGAAAAUCGGGCAUUGGCGGGGCCCAGUUACCGGAAAACCCUCGAAUCGCGGUAUCGAAAGAUAAGGACUAUUUGACGGCAAUGAAAGAUGCAAUUGAAGCAUAUAAUGGUCAAUUGUGUAUUGUUGCAACUGGAACAUUGACCAACUUGGUGCACCUUUUUCAGAAAUGGCCUCAGCUUAAACAAUCAGUUAAACUCAUUUCCAUCAUGGGAGGAGCGUUUGACCUUGGGAAUGCCACAAAGUAUGCCGAAUUCAACUUUUAUGCCGACCCGCACGCCGCAAAAUUCAUUGUCGAAGACCCACAACUCUCAUACAAGACGGUGCUUGCACCCUUGAAUUAUACCCACAAAAGCAUAGCCAAUCUGGUAACACGGUCCAAGUUGUACAAUCCAGAGAAUUCUGAGCUCAAUUCAAAUCUCAGGCUGACAUUUCACAAAAUUCUCAUGUUCUAUUAUUCAUCUUAUAUCAAGAACCCAGCUUUCAUUGAGGGUCCACCGGUACAUGACCCUCUUGCAUUAUUCCUGGUGAUCAAAAUGCUUGCACUUGUCAACGGAGAAAAACCAUCCAAAUUUGAAUAUCAUAGGGUGGAUAUUAAGGUUGUGGUAGAUGGAGAACAUGAAGGUGAAUCAGUGGCCUGCGGUAACAGUGAACUGGGAGUGGUUGUGGGCGAUAGCACUGAUUUCGGUGAGUUCUGGAGCUACGUGGAAACAGCUCUUCGAAACGCCGACCACCAUGUGCAAGGCCAUGCAUUGUGA